GCUGUCUCGCCCCCUCGCCGUCGCCUCGUCUCCUCGCGCGAGCUCGCCCGCCCGCCGCCUGCGACGAUCCUCCGCCGCCGUCCCGCUGUUUCCUCUGCAUCCUCACUCGCCGGCUGACAAGAUUAUUAUUUGGGGGCCAAUGGAAGAGGAAUACAAUACCGAAUCAUCUAAUGAAGAAGACAUGCAAGAGGAUGAUGGUGAGAAAGAAGGAAAUGUUACUGAGGGUGACGUCUUCAAGCCAGUUGAUAUAGAUCCUGCAUUGGUACCAAAAGUAGGGAUGGUGUUUGAGUCUGAGGAAGAUGCCUUCCAGUUCUAUGUGUCAUAUGGCUGUCACUCUGGUUUUGGUAUCACAAGAAGAUCUAAUAAUACCUUUGAUGGUUUCCGCUAUCGCUCUACAUUCAUAUGUUCUAAAGGAGGGCAGUCUAGACUGAGGUCUGGUGCGACAAAGUCCACAAGAAAACGAGGCACAAAAACUGGAUGCAAGGCUAAGAUGAUUGUGAAGGAUGCUCAUUUUCAGAACCGCUGGGAGGUUAUUGUCCUAGAGUUGGAGCAUAACCAUCCACUGGAUCCUAGCUUGCUUAAAUUUAAGAAGCAGCUGAAGAACUCUCCUUUUCUUCAGAAUCCUCCUCGUAUAUCUGAAGCACCAGAGAGUCGCUUAGCUGCUGCACCUUCUAGCAGAGGUGGAGAUAGCGGCAUACCUUUGUCUACUCAGAUUGAAUUCAGAACCAAGAUAGAUAGAAAUAGGAAACUGAAGCUUGCUGAAGGUGAUUUAGAUGCCUUAUUGAGUUUUCUCAACACAAUGCAAGACCAAAACCCAUACUUCUUUUACAGUUUGGAUAUGAAUGAGCAAGGACAACUAAGAAAUGUAUUUUGGGCUGAUGCCAAGUCACGUAGUUCGUACAAUUACUUUGGUGAUGUUGUUGCUAUUGAUGUCAGAAACUUUAGUGAUCAGUAUGAAAUACAGUUUGUGUCAUUUGUGGGCACUAACCACCAUUCUCAGCAAGUUUUACUAGGGUGUGGUCUUCUUGCUGGUAGGUCUCUUGGAGCUUACGUUUGGCUUUUUGAUACAUGGCUAAGAUGUAUGAAUGGCACUCCACCACCUUCAGUAAUUACAAACUACUGUCAUGAUGUUGCAAUAGCUGUUAAAAAGGUUUUCCCUAAUGCACAUCACCGCUUUUGCCUUCUACACAUUUUAAAUGAGCUUCCUGAGAAGUUGGAGGGAACAGAAAAGAAGGAUGAACUAGUUUCUACAUUUACCUCACUAGCCUUUGAUUCCAUUACAAUGCCUGGUUUUGAAAAAGAGUGGCAAGAAAUGAUUGAACAAUUUCAUCUAGAGGGAAAUGAAUGGUUGUCCAAACUAUAUGAGGUCAGGACACAGUGGGCUCCUGUUUAUAUAAAGGAUUCCUUUUGGGCAGGAAUGUCUAUUACAGAAAGAAGUGAUAGUGCAGCUGACUACUUUGAUGGCUGGUUGAUGCCAGAUACUUCUGUAAAAAUGUUUGUCGAGCAGUAUGAGUCAGCUGUUAAGGUUAAGUUAGAAAAGGAAAACUAUGAGGAUUUACGGUCAUCUCAGAUGAGGCCACCAGUGAUGACUGGUUUACCUGCAGAGGAGCAGGCAGCAAAGGUAUACACAAUAGAAAUAUUUGAGAAGUUCUUGGAUGAAAUAGGGCAUUCUUUUCAUUGCAGUUAUAGUAUAGUUAACCGGAAUAAUUCAGUGGUUACAUACAUAGUUUCAGAUCAAAUAGAUCAAACAAAGAAGGUGGACUACAAAGUUGCUUAUGAUAAUGUUGAAGAUGACAUAUGGUGCCUCUGCCGAUUGUUCCAAUUCAAAGGUAUAUUAUGCAGGCAUGCUCUCACUGUACUGAGGCAGGAACUUGUACUGAUGAUUCCACCAAAAUACAUCAUCCAUCGCUGGUGCAAGGAUUGUAAACAAACUUGUUCUUCCAUGUCACAACCUGUCUCAUUAAGUAAUCAGGAAACAGGUGGUUAUGAUGAUCUCUACAAACUUGCUCACCAAUAUUUUGCAGAAGUUGUGGAAUUUGGUUCCGUGAACUUAGAUUCAAAGAACUAUGCUUUAUCAAUCAUGAGGGAGAUCAGAGAUAAAGUGAUUUCUUAUGAGAAGUCACUAAGAGAUCAGAGGGUUGACAGUCAUGUUUCAACUGCAAAUUUUGCAUACAAUCCCGUGAAUGAGGAUUUUAAUGAUGAUGCGUUGCCAAUUUCUCUUAGUACAAAAGGAUGGGAUGUGAUGCAAGGUCAGUCAAAACGCACCCGCAAGAAGAAACUGGCAACCCCUAAUGUCCUUGACACCUUGAAGAAGAAAACUAAAAGAGCAUAUAACAAGAGAAGGAAUGCCACAGCAAAUACCUUAAACACAGCAGUCACCACAACUGAAAGCAUACCUGAUGGCACAAAUAUGCAGCAUAAUCAAGUUAACGAGGGAUGGCCAUUAACAUCUACUGGUGCACCCGAAGCCUUCCCUUAUGGAGUGGAGACUAUUUCAUUUGAUUUAUCUCAAUACAACAAUGCGCCAAGCUUCCACUGGCCUGAAAGCAGUAGCAGGUCUCAGCUCCAGUGAGAUGAUGCAACAACGCAAUGGUGCAUGCAUUCAAAUAUCCUAGGUCUUGCAACAGGGGCACAGCCCUGGUUCAUGCUGGGGGUUGCUGACCAUACGAGGGAACGUGAGAAAAAGGUUCAACUUGGGGCAAAAACUAGUACUAAUAACUGUUGACUUUUAACCGAUUCGGCAUGUAUUGUGAUGACAACAUGCUGCCCCAGAUCUUAGAGUCCAUGUAAUGGCUGAGCUGUACAUAAUCAUUUCCAUUUGAUAUCAUCCUCAGAUAGUCGCAUAUUUGUAAUUUUCACUAAGGUACCAGGUAUACAUCUGUGUAAUGUUAUUCCAGAUCUAACAGAUCAUUGACAUCUUAAAUAAUUCUACUUUCUCUAU